AUGUCUAUACCAAAAGCGGUAACCCCGAGCUAGACUCGGGCUUACCAUGCGGCGCUGCAUAGGGAGUCCCUGCAGCACUUACCUUGUCCUUCGCUCCCGCGAUGUGUCCCCUGCAGCGUCCCCGGCCAUCUCCUCCUGGCCAAUGCCGGCAUCCGGCUUCUGUGUUCCGGUUCCCGUGACGUCGGGAUGUACGGGCGCCGCCGGCGGCGGGAAAUUUAAAAAAAUUUUAAAAAUGUCGUUUUUUUUUUUUUUUUUUAUUUUAAAUAUGCUUUGUCCUGUGCCCUGCCUGCAUUUUUACUGUUCUUUC